AUGGCUAUAUCCGAACGAGACAUCCCUCGCCUCCAACAGAUCAUCAAUGUUGCUCUAUGUAAUGGUGCAAGUAUUCGUGUAGUUGUCAACAAGCUUGAGGACGCCCUCGAGGGAGUGUAUCACCCUCAAGGCUAUGAUGCGAGCGACCUGGAUAUCGCUAUGCUCGUGUAUCGACUCGGUGGCCAUCAGCUUCUCUUUGCACUAAACCAGAAACUCAAUAUUCCAUCCCUCCGCACUCUACGCACCCAAUCCAUCUUCACAGUGCUCACUCCUACUAUUGGCCCCAUACAUAAUGAACACUUCAAUCAAAAUAUACAUGCUGUAGUUCUUAGCACCCUCACCAGCUCUGCAUCUUUAUGCGGUGUCAGUCUCAUGAUAGAUGAAAUCGCUCUGGAAGAAAUGGCUAUCCAUUUCAGCAAGUACAACAAGGUCGGCGGUCUAUGUUGGAAACACUCACACCUCGUUGAUCCAGUUCUUCGGACGUACGAAUCUGCUGUGAACAUUGCACAGAAGAUUCACGACGGGGAGGUCCAUCUAGGCAAGGAACUUACGGUCAUUGGAGCAUCGUGUUUCGGCCGGGACAAAAUCUUCCCCAUAUUAGCAGCUCCCACUUGCAAAACCAAGAACGCUUAUGACACAGAGCAGAACCUUUCCCGAGCAAUUGCUCGAUGGAAUGCGACCGGUGCAGCAGCACAGCUUUUCCUCAAGAUUCCCUUACCCCAAGACUCACCCUUGUUCGGUACUCUCAUCAACAUGCCAGGAUUGAAUCUGUUCACAGGCGACAACGAGGUGACACUUGAUUUUGACUUCAAGCAUAUAUUCAAAUGUAUCUGUGCGCUUCUUCGGUCAUCCGCAGGUGUCGUGCUCAAUAACGGUCGCAUCAUAAAUUCAAUGAUGCUUGCACGGUACCUCGUAUGGUUACCUGCCUUCGACGAAGCCGCUGUCACCAAACUACUCCAUCCAGAUGACCCUCAAGAUGUCCCUCGUGCAGUCAAAUUAAUUCUUGCAAUCAUUGAGUUUUUGAAACUUCAGCACACAAUCAUGGACGACUCGUUUUCUACUGACAUUGAGGCUCGCGCGGACCUCCAAUCCAUCGCUCUCCUUAGUGCUCUGCUCGAGUCCAUCAUUUUACCUUUCACCGACGUCUCUCUCUCGCUGUCCGAACAAGUCACGUUGCUCAGUCGUUAUUCCCAUCUUGCUUUUGCUUUUUUUCAUGCCCAUCAACACUCUUUCAUGUCAUAUCAACUGUAUUAUGACACUCAAACCAUGACAAAGAACUCCAUGUUCUGCAUCGCCAAGCAACAAGAUCUGAAUCCACAUGCUCCCUUUUUCCUUGGCGAUGUCAUCAUGACCUUAGCCCCUAUCCCACCAUAUGCACCGUCUUGGAAGACUUACCGACUCAACGGAGACUCGUAG